AUGAGCGAGUUACUGAAACAAAUAACGGAGACGUUGAACGACAAUACUGGUAUAUAUAUGGAGGACGAUGAAUCGAUGAUGGAGAUACGUUAUAAGUACUAUGAAGAACGGAAGGACGCUUUCUACGAACGUGGAUUGAAAGAAGACAAGCGACCACCAUUCAUAUACGACGCGUUCGUCUGCUACAACCCUGACGGGAUCACAGACCAGUUCUUUGUACUCAAACUCAUCACAGAGCUGGAGAGAAAGCAUGGUCUGAAGCUAUUUGUACCGUGGAGAGACAACCUCACAGGCGGCUCACACAACACUGUCUGUGCGCAACUCAUCGAGCAAAUGUGCCGUAGAAUGAUCAUAGUUUUGUCGCCGCAGUACCUGAAAAGUCCAGCCUCUGAUUUUCAAACAGAAUUUGUUGAAUGUUUAGCGCCCGAAUCCCGUCGUAAAAGGCUGAUCCCUGUGGAAGUAAAGCGAUGUGAGAUCCCGGAACUGCUGCUUAACAACAGCACUUGUUUGUAUUACAUCGACGCAAAGGUCCUUGAAUGGUUCUGGAUACGACUUGUGUACUCUUUAAAGCUCCCAUUAGACAUGCAAGCUUUAAUGUCAGGUGAGACAAACCUGUCGCACCUGAAGAAUGUGAUCUUAGACACAUCAGGGGGCAUUCCAGAUUUCUCGUUGUUAGCAUCCGCAUUUUCGUCGUCAUCUUCGUCAUCGACACUCAACAGGGACCGGCCUUCGUCGAAGUCAUCAGUACCUUCAACAAAUCUGUUCGAACCUGUAGUACCACCAAUUUCUUCGGGAAAAUACUAUAACAUUUCUCCAAGCGUUCCACCGAGUAGUAUGCUGGAAUAUACGAAACAAAAGUCAAGCAAGUACGAACAGCUGAGCGACUUAUAUGGAGACAUAUAA